GCCAUCCCGGAAGUGGCUCGGUAGCUUAAAAAUGGAUGCUCACAAAGAAGUUCAGACAUCAGGAGAGCACAAAUGUGAGCUGUGUGAUUUACCAGCCCCGUACACAUACUGUGGGUGGAUGCCACCAAACUCACAGUCGAUUGUGCUUUUGUGAGAGGCCUAUGUCAUGAAGGAUCCUCUCACCCCUGACAAGGACAAGUUCCUCAUCGUUGGGUCUCAUUGCAGUUUGUGUAGCAGAGCAGUGUGUGUUGGUACAGACUGAAGUCUGUUCUACUCCAAAAGUUUCUGCCUCCCCUGCAUGAAGGAAAACUUAAAGCCCUUUCCUUUGGAAAUACGAGACAUGGAUAAAAGGAAGCCCCAGCAGAAAUCUUGCAAAAAAUCGGAUACAAAGCAUAAAUCUUGAAGGACCAAGAGAGACAUUUCUUUGGCUGGUGUUUCCCCUCUCUCUGCCUGGAGACUAUCAGGUUGCUCCUUUUAAAGAAGUGACCUUCAUCAGCUCACUACUAGAGAGAGCAGCACAUUUCCUUGCCCUUGGCUUGGGUUCAGAUAUCCCCGUGCAGCACCAGCCACGCCAGGGAGCAGCUCUGAGGUGCUGAGGAGCCAGAAAGGAAGGCAGAUGACCCUUCUGUCACCAUGUGAAAUGCUUUCAGUAAGAAACCAGACUGCACAGUGCUAAGGAACCAUGUCCAGAUUUUCACAUUUGCUAUUUUUGUGCUUUGUGUUGUUCUUGACACUCCUACAGUGUUAUGAAAUUCCGAAACAGAUUGAUCUGUCUUAAUUCAGUAUAUACCCAAAAAGUCAGUGUACACCAGUUGUUAAUCUGGCAGUGCUGUCCUGGUAAGAUUACAUUAGUCAGGGAAUUUAAAGCUUUUUUUUUUAAGUCUAAAAUAAAAAUGCUGUGAGAAAAUGUCAUAAAUAUAAUACCUAAAUUUUUCAAUAAUUUUGAUGGUAUCACAGCAUUGAGACUUGAGAUUCUGAACUUCUUGGUGCUUCUUUAAUCAAUAAAAUUAUUUACAAGUCCCUUUCACUUGCGGUCACUUUUCACUUAACCUUCCAGUCCAUGUCAGCACAGCAACUGGAGAGGACUCCAAAUACAUUUGGCUCAUGCUUUACAAUAAAGGUGACUUCCUUUGCACUUUCAAAGCAGUUAAUGUGGAAAUAGAAGA